CUCAUCCCCUCACUCUCACCCCUCACGCAUCCUCACGCUCUUCCCCACUCAUCUCCUCACGCUCACCCUCACUCAUCCACUCUCACCUCAUCACCCCUCACUCUCACCCCUCACUUCAUCCUCACCCUCCUCUCUUCGCCUCACUCAUCCUCUCACUCACCCUCACUCAGCUCCCUCACGCUCACGCCCCACUCAUCCCCCACGUUUUCACGUUUUCACGCUCUCCGCCCGCAGUGA